AUGCUAAUGAGGCGGCUUCUAGUUGUGCUGACAGCGUGCUUUUUCACUGCGACUGCAAUGACGUCAUUCGGAUUCACAUCCUUCAAAGUUCAUGCACACCUUUUAUGCGUUGUUAUUUACAGUGGAGCCUGUAUGUCACGUACCGUAUCGCCUGGUGGCAGGCAUCUCGCACUUUCACCAAUUCGAGAGAGUGAAGUCUUUCGAGCACGACUGUACCGCGCGAAAAGGCUCACCGAUGUGCUAAAUCACAGUUUUUUAUCAGUGCAAUAUGCACUAUAUUUGGUAAUCGGUACAAUAAUCAAUGGCAAACUAAUCCCUCUAGUAUUCGUGGCUCGACUCACUCAUCAUCUUCUUCAGAUGGCUAGCAAUGUGUACGAUCAUUUUACAGGACGUGAAACGUCAAGAUUUAUUGAUUGA